UGCUCCAUAAAAGCAGCCCAGCGGUCCCAUCCCAAGCAGAAGGGAGAGUGGAGCAGCCAACAGCCCUCCAUCAGCUCGACAUGGCCAAGGCAGCUGGGGCCUUCUGCGUCCUCCUCAUCCUCACUGCGCUGUGCUGCCAGAGCCUGGCCCAGAGAGCCCCAGCUGUGCCUGACAAGUGCUGCUUCAACUUCCAUACCAAAAGGAUCAAAAUGGACAACAUUGCUGCCUGCUAUGCCACCAGCCCCCAGUGCCCACACCGAGCUGUGAUCUUCAGGGUGAAGAAUGGCAAGGAGAUCUGCACUCCAGCGGACAGGAUGUGGGUGAAGAGGUACCAGCAGAGGUUCCAAGUCAGCUCCUAUUCCAUCCCCAGCUAGAAGAACCACGGGAAAUCACAGAAAUGGAGACACCAGGAGCAAUGCGAGUCCUCCCCAUCUCAGCCCUGUGCUGUGAGGAUAAGCAGCACUCACCUCCAUUAUUUCUUUCCAUUUAACCCACUGUUAGACCCUGAGUCUCUCAGCAUCACCGUGCACAGACAGUUCCAUAUCUCCUGCAUCUCUCGCUCUUCUUCACCCUGAGACCACAGCUGGACUGGGUCUUAGGCAGGGGACAACUGCUUUGCAUGUCAGUGUCACUGUGCUCCUCGGGCUUUUUGCAGUGCAGGGGUUAAUAGGGAGUAGCAUCACUAAUGUUUCUUGUACAGCACUGUGAACAGAAUUAAACUCAACAUUGUGCAUGCAAA